CUGGGCCUUUCACUUCCGCCCAGGUGAGGGAGGGCCAACGCCGAUCCGUCCGCCUCGGGCUCCCACCCGCGCCUCCGCAGGACCAGGUUUCUUUAAAAGUGAUUGAAGAGAAUAACUCAAAAUGCCAGAAAAUCCUGCCCCAGAUAAAAUCCAGGUCCUGCAGGUUCUCGAGCGCCUGAAAAUGAAAUUGCAGGAGAAGGGUGACACGUCACAGAAUGAGAAGCUGUCUACAUUUUAUGAGACUCUAAGGAGUCCUCUCUUCAACCAGAUACUCACACUUCAGCAGUCCAUCAAGCAACUGAAGGGGCAACUCAGUCAUAUACCCUCAGAUUGUACAGCCAACUUUGAUUUUUCUAGAAAAGGGUUACUGGUGUUUACAGAUGGUUCCAUUACUAAUGGGAAUGCCCACAGGCCCUCGAAUAACUUAGCUGUAUCUGGGUUAUUUCCUUGGACCCCUAAGCUGGGAAAUGAAGACUUCAACUCAAUUAUUCAACAGAUGGCUCAGGGCCGACAAAUUGAAUAUAUAGAUAUAGAACGGCCUUCAGCUGGAGGCCUUGGAUUCAGUGUGGUGGCCCUUCGAAGUCAAAAUCUGGGAGAAGUUGAUAUCUUCGUGAAGGAAGUACAGCCAGGGAGUGUAGCAGACAGGGAUCAAAGGUUAAAGGAAAAUGACCAGAUAUUGGCCAUUAAUCACACGCCACUGGAUCAGAACAUUUCCCAUCAGCAAGCAAUUGCAUUAUUACAACAAACCACUGGAUCUUUGCGCCUGGUUGUGGCCAGAGACCCAGCCCGCACAAGAAGCAGUACUUCCACUAGCCUAAGUGGUACAGCUCUGCCUGAAACAGUUGGUUGGGGCCAUGUUGAAGAUGUUGAGCUCAUUAAUGAUGGCUCUGGGUUAGGUUUUGGAAUAGUUGGAGGAAAAUCAAGUGGCGUGGUUGUGAGGACUAUAGUUCCUGGAGGAUUGGCAGAUCGAGAUGGAAGACUCCAGACAGGAGACCACAUCUUGAAGAUUGGUGGCACAAAUGUGCAAGGAAUGACCAGUGAGCAAGUUGCUCAAGUGCUGAGGAACUGUGGGAAUUCAGUCAGGAUGCUUGUUGCUAGAGACCCAAUUGGUGAAAUUUCAGUAACCCCUCCCACCCCUACAGCCUUACCUGUUGCCCUACCUGCUCAAGCCAACAGGAGCCUUGGUUCUGACAAUUCCACUCUUUUUGAAACUUACGAUGUUGAACUCAUUAAAAAGGAUGGACAGAGUCUUGGGAUUAGAAUUGUUGGCUAUGUUGGAAACUCUCAUACAGGGGAAGCUUCAGGGAUUUAUGUGAAAAGUAUAAUACCUGGCAGUGCCGCAUACCACAAUGGCCAAAUUCAAGUGAACGACAAAAUAGUUGCUGUUGAUGGUGUGAAUAUUCAAGGUUUUGACAACCAAGAUGUUGUUGAAGUAUUAAGAAAUGCAGGGCAGGUGGUGCACUUAACCCUAGUUCGAAGGAAGACAUCCUUAUCUGAUUCUCUGCUUGAACAGCCUUCAGACAGAGGGACUGUUGUAGAACCACCAAAAACAGCAGCCCUCUUUCUAACUGGAGCAGUGGAAACAGAAACUAAUGUGGAUGAUGAAGAUGAAGAAAUUGAAGAAAUAAAGGAUAAUGAAAAAAAUGACAACAUACACAUCUUAGAAAAACUGGAAAGAGUCCCAGACUCACCAGAAAAUGAGCUGAAAUUCAGAUGGGAAAACCUAUUGGGCCCUGAUUAUGAAGUAAUGGUUGCCACUUUGGACACACAGAUUGCGGAUGAUGCCGAGUUACAGAAAUACUCAAAGCUGCUACCUAUUCAUACUCUGAGGCUCGGUGUGGAAGUGGAUUCCUUUGAUGGACACCAUUACAUCUCUUCAAUUGUUCCAGGUGGCCCUGUUGCUACACUUAAUCUCCUACAGCCAGAGGAUGAGCUUCUUGAGGUCAAUGGUGUACAACUCUAUGGAAAAUCUCGCCGAGAAGCUGUCUCCUUUCUUAAAGAAGUGCCACCCCCUUUUACCUUGGUUUGCUGUCGACGGUUGUUUGAUGACGAGGCCUCUGUAGAUGAACCAAGGGCCACUGAACACUCUCUUCUCGAGCAGGAGGUAGACCACAAUAUAGAUGUCAAUACCGAAGAAGAGGAUGAUGGGGAAUUAGCACUAUGGUCUCCUGAAGUCCAGAUUGUUGAACUAGUGAAAGAUCAUAAAGGCUUGGGAUUCAGCAUUUUGGAUUACCAGGAUCCCUUAGAUUCCACAAAAUCAGUUAUUGUAAUUCGUUCUCUGGUGGAGGAUGGUGUGGCAGAAAGAGGUGGAGAGCUUUUACCUGGAGAUCGCUUAGUCUCAGUCAAUGAAUACUGUUUGGACAACGCCCGGCUUGCUGAAGCUGUGGAAAUACUGAAAGCCGUACCACCAGGGACUGUCCGCCUUGGCAUCUGUAAGCCUUUGGUGGAAGAUGAUAAACAGGAAGAAAGUAGAUGUAUUUUACAUUCAAGCAAUAAUGAAGACAAGCCUGAACUUUCAGGAACAAUUCAUGAUACAAAUUCAUCUUUAAUACUUGAAGCACCCAAGGAAUUUAGAGAUGAACCAUAUUUUAAAGAAGAACUCGUGGAUGAACCAUUUCCAGAUUUGGGAAAGUCUUUCCAGUCCCAACAGAAAGAGAUCGACAACAGCAAGGAGACUUGGGAGAUGCAUGAAAUUAUGUCUUCUAGGUUGCAGGAAAUGGGUGAAGAAAGAGAAAUGCUUGUUGAUGAAGAAUAUGAGCUAUAUCAAGAUCGUUUGCAGUCCAUGGAGUUGUAUUCCUCAUCUCAGCUUCAAGAGGCCACUCCUGCUUCCUCCAUGGAGGAACAUCACUUUGGGACGCAGUGGUCACCUGAUAAUGAACCACCUGAGCCUCAAGAAGGAAGAUCUAUGAUGAGUUUAUAUGGCCAGGAGACACAACAGUAUGGCUAUAGCACUGAAAACAUGAUGAAAGAAAAUUUUGGCAUUGAUUCCCUACCCUCCAUAACUUCAACUGAAGGCAGCAGUCAACGAGGCAGAUUUAAUGAUCUGGGAAAUCUUAAUUCAUUAACUGAAAGCAGUCUGGAUUCAGACAUGAUGAUGCCAAAUGAUGCUCAAGGGCCUAGCUCGCUUGUUGACCUUCCUGCCGUGGCUCACAGAAGGGAUCAAGAAGAAUUGCCUUCGUACCAACUCCCCGAGACCCGAUUUGUUUCAAAAGCCUCGGCAUACAUGGGAAUGUUGCCUCCUAGACUUGCCACUAAUCCAUGCGAGUUACCUGAGAGAGAAGAAGGUGAAGGAGAAGAAACUCCCAACUUCAGCCACUGGGGUCCACCAAGAAUUGUUGAGAUUUUUAGAGAACCCAAUGUGUCUCUUGGAAUCAGUAUUGUUGGUGGACAAACCGUUAUAAAACGCCUAAAGAAUGGAGAGGAGCUUAAAGGUAUAUUUAUCAAACAAGUUUUAGAAGACAGUCCAGCAGGAAAAACAAAAGCUCUUAAAACUGGAGAUAAAAUACUUGAGGUGUCUGGAGUAGAUGUGCAGAAUGCCUCACACACAGAAGCAGUAGAGGCCAUUAAGAAUGCAGGAAACCCCGUGGUGUUUGUUGUCCAGAGCUUGUCACUUACUCCAAGAGUCAUUCCUGGUGUGCAAAAUAAGACCAGCAAAAUCAUCAGUAACCAAAACCAAGACAACCAAGAAAAAAAAGAAAAGAGGCAAGGAACUGCCCCACCUCCAGUGAAACUGCCCCCUCCUUAUACGGUGCCGUCUGAUGAGAGUGAUGAAAAUGAAGAGUAUGCAUUCACCGACAAAAAAAUCAGGCAAAGAUAUGCAGACUUGCCUGGAGAACUGCACAUUAUCGAACUUGAAAAGGAUAAGAAUGGACUUGGACUCAGCCUUGCUGGUAAUAAAGACAGAUCACGCAUGAGCAUAUUUGUGGUGGGAAUUAAUCCCGAAGGACCUGCUGCCACGGAUGGAAGAAUGCGUAUUGGAGAUGAACUGUUAGAGAUAAACAAUCAGAUCCUGUAUGGAAGAAGUCACCAAAAUGCAUCUGCCAUUAUUAAGACUGCCCCAACGAAGGUGAAGUUGGUUUUCAUUAGAAAUGAAGAUGCAGUCAAUCAGAUGGCUGUUGCUCCCUUCCCAUUACCGUCAAGUUCCCCAUCUUCUGUUGAGGAUCAGAGUGGCACCGAACCUGUUAGUAGCGAAGAAGAUGGCAGUCUCGAAGUUGGUAUUAAACAAUUGCCUGACAGUGAAAGCUCCAAAAUGGAAGACACCCCCCAGGUGGUUGGUCAAGGCAUAGAGGAAGAUCAGCAGAAGGCUUUGGACUACUCAACUGACAAUACUGCCAGCCAGAUGAAACAGCAAAAAUAUUCUACAAAAGUCUCCUUCAGUUCACAAGAGAUACCAUUAUCACCAACUCCAUUAUACCACGAAACAGACCCUACAGGCUAUGGUGAUUGCCAGGAUCUUCUGUCAGUGGACCCUGCAACGUGCCCCAUUGUCCCUGGCCAGGAAAUGAUUAUAGAAAUAUCCAAGGGACGCUCGGGCCUUGGUCUCAGCAUCGUGGGAGGAAAAGACACACCCCUGGAUGCUAUAGUUAUACAUGAAGUCUAUGAAGAAGGAGCAGCAGCCAGAGAUGGAAGACUUUGGGCUGGUGACCAGAUAUUAGAGGUUAAUGGGGUUGACCUGAGGAGCGCCAGCCAUGAGGAUGCCAUCACGGCCCUGAGGCAGACCCCCCAGAAGGUGCAGCUAGUGGUGUAUAGAGACGAGGCGCACUACAGGGAUGAGGAAAACUUGGACACUUUUCCUGUGGAUCUGCAGAAGAAGGCUGGCCGAGGACUGGGCCUGAGCAUCGUUGGGAAACGAAAUGGAAGUGGAGUGUUUAUUUCUGACAUCGUGAAAGGUGGAGCUGCAGACCUUGAUGGGAGAUUGAUUCAGGGAGAUCAGAUCUUAUCUGUGAAUGGAGAGGACAUGAGAAAUGCCUCACAGGAGACCGUGGCCACUGUCCUCAAGUGUGCUCAGGGGCUCAUACAGCUAGAGAUUGGGAGACUUCGAGCUGGUUCCUGGCCCUCCUCAAGGAAGACAUCACAGAAUAGUCAGGGGAGUCAGCACAGCACUUCCAGCACCUUUCCUCUUUCCCUCACACCUGUCUUCAGCAGCCUGCAGAACCUGGUUGGCCCCAAAAGAACUUCCAACCCUUCCCCCCAAUAUCCAGGCACAGAUAUGGAACCAAGGACUGUUGAGAUAAUCAGAGCUCUCGAUGAUGCCCUUGGAAUUAGUAUUGCUGGAGGAAAAGGAAGUCCUUUAGGAGAUAUCCCUAUAUUUAUUGCCAUGAUUCAGGCCAGUGGAGUGGCAGCACGCACACAGAAGCUUAAAGUUGGAGAUCGGAUUGUCAGCAUUAACGGGCAACCUUUGGAUGGGCUGUCUCACGCGGAGGUGGUUAAUCUGCUAAAGAACACCUAUGGACGCAUUAUCCUGCAGGUUGUAGCGGAUACCAAUAUAAGUGCCAUAGCAACUCAACUUGAAAGCAUGUCUACAGGCUACCAUCUUGGUUCACCCACUGCUGAACACCAUCUGGAAGACACAGAAACACCUCCACCUAAGAUUAUUACUUUGGAGAAAGGCUCUGAAGGAUUGGGGUUUAGUAUUGUAGGGGGUUAUGGAAGUCCCCAUGGAGACCUGCCAAUUUAUGUCAAGACUAUAUUUGCAAAGGGAGCAGCAGCCGAUGACGGCCGAUUGAAGCGGGGUGAUCAGAUUUUAGCUGUUAAUGGCGAGACUCUGGAAGGUGUUACUCAUGAGCAAGCUGUGGCCAUUCUAAAACGCCAGAGAGGGACUGUGACUUUAACUGUGCUGUCAUGAGCCUCGGCUCCUGAUCAUGCCAUAGAUGUUGUUCUUUUAGAAUAUCCAUGGGAAGAUGAAAUUCUGGGUGCCAAUGAAAAGCAACCUACUCAAAUUCACCGUCAUUCUUACCAUCUCAUCCUCUCUGCUCAGAGAAAUGGCUGGGGUGUCACAUGCAUUUCCCAUAUCAACAACCAUCUUCCUAAUACUUCCCAGCUCUGUUGCCUGUUGGUGAGGUUUAAUUUCUAAAACUUGAAUGAGCCUUACCUGUUUUGCAUUUAACGUCAAAGUUUAUCCACCAGCAAUAACUGGUUCUGAUUAUAUUUGCCAAAACUGAAGUUCACCCCUCAUGCCUUCCGCCCCUCUUUCCCCGUCCCCUACUCAUCCGGAGCAUUUAACAGCAACUUCAGAUCUCAUCCAGUCAACAGAAACAAACGUUAAGUGACUUGUCAUCUCACUCAUGAUUUACUUACGCUAAUUGUUUCUUCAAGUACGCCAGAAGACAUUAGCAGUGUAAUUAACUUACCAGUGAUCCCCAUGAUGGAAUGCCACAGUCUCCUAUGGGAAAUUAUUGUGCUCUCUUCUGUAUGACUUAUAACCAAAUAAGUCUCAAAUCCUUGUCUCUGGAUAGAUCUUUCUAAGUUAAUCAUUGGUGAUUUUGAUGAGUCAAUUUGUAGACCAUACAAUGAAAACACAUUAUAAUCUAAAAAUUUGGAAAAGCUUUCUGAUUGUUUUCUGAGCUACAUAAUUGCAUACCACUGUGCAAACACACUACAUUCUCAACAGGAACAGUUAGCAUCCAUGUUCCAAAUUCUAACAAUGCUAAACCGUGUUCAGGUCUAGGAAGUUCACCUAGAGUUAACGGCGCCUAAAGCAGACUUUUUUUUUUUUUAAGCAGACAGGUAUCAAAGUAUUCCCACCCCUCAGUCUUCAGGUGAGGAGACCAGUACCCAGAACCACACUGCAGAGAUCAGCAAGUGUUGCCUCAAGCCAGACAAGGUCUGGGAACUCUUGGCCUUGUACAGAGUCGAGUGACGCAUUUGAUUAUCCUUCCACUUAGUUCCAUACCAGCGAAUCUAGCGGUACAGACUGCAGGAACCUAGAUGAAGCAAAUUGUUUUGCCACUAAGUGACUAAGCAAACAAACUUGGACUUGGGAUCUGUGGUGAAAAUGCUUGGCUAAUGUUUCCUGGUCUCCGAGGAGGCUCCCAUUUGCUGAAGUUUCGCAUGCUGAGAAAGCAAAUACAGCAGAAAAUGUAACAGCGCCUUUAAAGUUGAUUGUAGGCAUUUCUAUUCAGGUAGUAGCAGGAGAAAGGAGGCAGUGCUUACCAGUGACAGUUUUAGGAUACUCUAAAAAAAAAAUGUACCAUGAAGGAUGAGUACAAGGGUCAAUAAUAGAAGUAGUUCAGCAUUAUUUAAAACACAAUGCUGCAAAUGGUUCACGGUAAUUAUCAAAAUUUAAUGGGCUCUAAUUUAAAAUGUUAUUUAAUAAGUGUAGAUGUUAACUGAGAAUUCUCUUUGAGUAGAUGUAAUCACAAAGUGCAUUAACUCUUGUUGGAAUAUUUUUUGGCUAUUCCAAAGUGUAGAGUGCCUGAAUUUUAUGUUGAAAAUGUCUUUAAAUGACUGGUAUUAAGUUUUCUGAAAUUACACAUGGCUUUUGAAAUGUCUCGUGUAUCCAAACCCUGGUGCCAUAGUGGUUAAGUGCUGUGGCUGCUAACCAAAAGGCCAGCAGUUUGAAUGCACCAGGUGCUCCUUGGAAACUCUAUGGGGCAGUUCUACUCUGUCCUACAGGGUCACUAUGAGUUGGAAUCAACUCGACGGCAAUGGGUACGGGUUUUCAUAUAUCCAAUUCUAAUGGAUCCAAGAUACGCAGUGCUGUUAGGAUCUGGCCUUCAGUGCAUGAGAAGCUACCAACCUCUGAACUUUCCUGUGUUAACUGCAUCUGCAAGAACUCCUCAGGCAGCCAAGAAGAAAUGAAGCCCAAAUAAAACUUGCAAAUGCAACUUUAUAUUUACACACAUACGUAUAUAUAUAACACACUUUAGAAAUGUGAUUCUGCUUGAUUUUGAUGGA